GGUUGCGGUGAGCGGAGAUCGCGCCACUGCAUUCCAGCCUGGGCAACAAGAGCGAAACAACGUCUCAGUGAUUUUAUCAUCCUUCCCUCGCCCCUCGAAAGGUGAAGACAGCCUUUAAGAUAGAGAGCAAACCAGUUUUCUCUGUUCGCCUACAAAUCUUUACUUUAGGAUAAUUGGAUUUAAGAAAAUGAUCUCAAAAUGUCCGCCAGAGAUGAAUUCCCAGGGAAAAAUGACAUGACUUCUACUACAAACCAAAUCAAAAGGAAAUGAAAUUCCAUUGCAACAAGGAGUGAAAUGCCACGCCUACGGGCUGUUCUCCAAGCUACAGCCUCCAGCCACGACUGCAACCCGCAACCCACUUUCAUUUCUCAUGAGUCAGCGGUCACCAUGUCUGGGAGGACCGAGGAAGGGCGCUCUGGCCGUGCCAAACACAUCAGACGUCUAUGGCACAGGCCCUCUAUCCGUUGCCAGCAGCUGGCGCCAGACUCUCUGGUCGCGGUUUGGAAAUCUGCGCGGGAAGUGGGUGGUAGGCGGGCAAGCGGGAGUGGGUUGUCCCUUGGAGCUGCCCAAUCGACGCGCACUACUCUGUGGGCGCACAGCGGCCCUGAGUUACCGUCUCAUCUAACUGAUUUCAGCAUCCUGGGAGACCCCUCCCCUUUGAGCCGUAAGGGGGCGGGGCGGGGCGGGGCGGGGGCGGGGCUCUGGGUGUGCCUCCGCUCGGCUGGCUGCAGCCCUCAGCAGGGCUAUGAAAGACAGCAGCAGAAGCCAAUCAGCGAGUCGGCUCUUUUUCGGCGCACGCACUCGCUCCACCCGGGUCGCGACCGUUACUGGUGGCGCGCGCGGGGACUCAAAAUAGGUAUGAAGACACAGGGAGACGUUGGGCCACCAGGGAACCCACUGAGGUGUGGACCAAAGAUGGUGGCUAAUUGAACUGGAGCCAAGCGUGGUGGGCGCCCGCUGAGUUGGCCUGUCAUAAGGACGGAGUUGACCGCAACC